GAGACUCCAUUGGAUUGUAAUCAUCGUCAUGUCGGAUUUAUGUAAACUACAACAUUGUAACAAAAUGGCGACUGUUUAGGUCACGUCAGUAAUGCAGGGCAGCACUGUUAUUUCUUACAACUCAACUGAUACAAGUCAAGGAAUUGUGUGACCUCAUUUGAAGAAAUUGUGUUCUAGGUCGUUCGGUAACAGUCCCAACCUUCAAGGAAUUUGACGUGACGCGAGUUACUACCUUGGAUGAAGAUUUACAGCAGGAUUGUAAAUGUAUUAAUGCCGAGGUGGAACAGUACCUAUUUUUUGUUGUUGUUGUUGUUGACCUUUUCAAGAUGUGCUGGAUGUACCAAAUGUUUCACAACAAGGGGGGAUCUCUAUGGGUAAUUUUUUCCUGAAUCUCAUCGAUUUAACCAUGGUGAAACUUACCAAUCCUCUAUAUACAGAGUGGAUUCUAGAAGCGAUACAGAAAAUCAAAAGGCAAAAACAGAGGCCUUCCGAGGAGCGGAUUUGUCAUGCGGUGGCAACCUCACACAGAUUGGGCAAGCGGACCGUUCUAGAACAGUUGGAUUUAAGUGUUCAUGAUGGUUCCAUUCUCAAAGUCACCAAUAAGGGGAACGUGUCGUACAAAGACCCCGAGCACCCUGGGAGAGGAUUAUUAUCAUCAUCAUCAUCAUCAUCGUCGUCGUCGCUCAAACCUGUAAGUGCAAACCUCUCUAUUCCAUCAUCUAAAGGAUCUAUAUGGAAACCGAGUGACCUACGCCACGUUGAUUGGAAUAAAGUCCUGAGGAGGGCCAUCGAGGGUCUGGAUGAUAGCCGUGGUUCCUCUCUGAAGAACAUCCAGAGGUACCUAAGGAACCAGGAUGAUCCAUCGCACGUCCUUGACAACCCAGGUUUCCAGCAGAGGUUACGGCUGGCCGCUAAAUGGGCAGUCAAAAACGGCCGGCUGGCGAAGGAUGGUCCGCGCUACAGGUUGAACCAGGGGGUUAAUGGAGCUGAGGGUAGGAGCCAGAGUUGUCCAGGUGCUUCCCCAUUGGCUCUUCUGUGUGUCACUCUUCUUCCACAUGAGAGAGACCAGCUACGCGCUGACCCCAUCCCAAUAUGCAGUUUCUGUUUGGGAACGAAAGAGUCCAAUCGGGACAAGAGGUCAGAGGAGCUUCUGUCCUGUGCAGACUGUGGAAGCAGCGGGCACCCGUCUUGUUUGAAGUUUUCCCCAGAGCUGACCACUAACGUCAAGAGAUUGCGAUGGCAAUGUAUAGAAUGUAAAACAUGUAGCUCCUGUCAAAUACAAGGCAGAAACGCUGAUGAGAUGCUGUUCUGUGACUCCUGUGAUCGGGGGUUUCACAUGGAGUGCUGCGACCCGCCUCUCUUAAGGAUGCCAACAGGUACCUGGGUCUGUCAGGUCUGCAGGCCCAAGGAAAAUGGAAAGACAUUUCUUCAUAUGAAAGCCGAUCAGAUCAAACGUCGAUAUGCAAAGCCAAUCGGGGGGCCCAGAAAUAAGCUCAAACAAAGAAUGUCUGUAAGCAGUGGUGCCGGCUCCGUGCUAGCCCGGGGAGGAAGGGGGUCACCUGGUAGGGGUCAAAAGCUUACCGUCUGUUCCACACCUUCAUCUGGUCAUGCAGCAUCUGUGAAGAACACCACAGACAGAUUGGCUGUUGCUACAGCUGACCCCUGUUGGGCAGGUGACGCUGUCACCCCUCCUCCCCAAUUCACCACCUCCUCCUCCACCCUCUCCACCACUCCCCCCCUCACGCCCACCUCGUCCUCCUCGUCCUCCUCCUCCACCCCAGCAGCUAUACUCACCGUUAACAAGAAAACCAAAGGGCUUAUCGACGGGCUUUCCAAAUUCUUUACACCCUCGCCUGUCGGUCGUAGGUCGUCGCGAGCCGGCGAGAUCUUAGACCCCUCGGCCUCGAAAGGGUCACAGUCUUUUUGUCCUGCUAGGAAAAAGCCUGUCCCCCCGCCAGAACUAUGGAAACUAAGUCCAUCUCCGUCAGUUGUUGUUGGCAUGGCUGCAAAGCCAACCACCACCACCCUAUCUCCCUGUACACUCUCCCUCUCUCCCCCACCCACGUUUCCUGGACAGGGCUCCACCACCUCCCAGGUAUUCUCCACCUCUGCUAACUCCCCCCAGAGUUCUUCCAGACAGUCUAGCGUCCACUCCCUUACUAUUUUGUCUGAUCACAACCAGCUUAAGGGACUCUUUGACGGACUCUCCCAUAUCUAUACCACUCAGGGACAGUCUCGGAAAAAGGGACUGCCUUGCUAUGCACCACCUAAGCGCAGGCACCAUAAGGCAUCCAAAACGUGUCCUCUCAUUCCCCAUCCUUCCCAGCAGCACCUUGGAAAGAAAGAGAGAAUAAAGAAUCGGUUGCUUUUGUUGUCCCAUUCAUCUCCUAACGCCUCUUCCCAUCCUGGGCACGGCCGGCCAAGGGGGCGCCCCUUUAAGUUGGUCAGUCAUUUCAGACGUAACCCCUUUUUUAAAAAGCACAGAAUGCUAGGCAGGCUAAGAUGUAGAAUGACCCCUCAGAAGGGAACCCAGGAAAUGACCCCUCAGAAGGGAACCCAGGAAACACCAGGAAAGGGAGACAUGACAGACGAAGGAAGAAUUAAGACAGAGGACCAUCAUGGCAGUGAAGUGGGGCUGAGGGUGAAGCAGGAACCUGGUUUUGUAGCCGUCUCCAGGGAACACGUCACAGAGGAAGACGUGGAGAUAUUCACACAGGUCCAAGAGCUCUCGUCGCAGAGAAAUGGUACCAUGACCAUCACUGACUCUGGACGAUUCCCUGCCUUCAUAGAGUUUGGGAAGUAUUGUAUCCAAACCUGGUACUCUUCUCCUUACCCACCUGAAUACUCGAGAUUGCAAAAGCUUUACCUGUGUGAGUUCUGUCUGAAGUACAUGAGAAGCAAAAACAUCCUACAGCGACACACCAAGAAGUGUGGCUGCUUUCACCCUCCGGCCAAUGAGAUUUACAGGAAGGACGACCUUUCAGUGUUCGAGGUUGACGGAAAUGUCAGCAAGCUCUUCUGCCAAAACCUCUGCCUGUUAGCCAAGCUGUUCCUCGAUCACAAGACCCUAUAUUACGACGUGGAGCCUUUCCUUUUUUACAUACUAACAAAGAACGACGACAAAGGAUGUCACCUUGUGGGUUAUUUCUCCAAGGAAAAGCUUUGCCAGCAGAAGUACAAUGUCUCCUGUAUAAUGAUCAUGCCUCAGUACCAAAGGCAAGGGUUUGGAAGGUUCCUCAUUGAUUUCAGUUACCUUCUCACGAGGCAGGAAGGACAAGCUGGCUCCCCAGAGAAGCCUCUGUCAGAUCUGGGUCGCUUAUCCUACCUGGCAUAUUGGAAAAGUGUCAUGGUGGAGUACCUCUAUAAGCAGCCAGAUAAACACAUCAGCAUUAAAGGAAUAAGCAAGGCUACUGGGAUGUGCCCACAUGACAUUACUGCUACUCUCCAAAACCUCCGCAUGAUUGACAGACAGGACGGCAGGUUUGUGGUGAUCCGAAGAGAGCGAUUGAUCCAGAGACACAUGGAGAAGCUGCGAGUCACCCCCAGGCUGAACCAGGUCGACCCUGACGCCCUGCACUGGACCCCCGCUGUGGCCCUCAACUCUGUCCUGUCUGAGGAGGAGAGAGAGGCUGAGAUGGAUGCUGAGCGACUUAAGGAGCAGGCUAGUUGUUGGGAGAAGGAGGAGAGAGAGGUGGUCUACCUGAUGACUCACCCUCGUCCUCCCACUAAGGUCUACAGUAAGAAGCCCUACAGAACCUACCAGCGUCGCCCUGCCCCCGGAGAACAAGGCUUGCACGUCUCUGAGGAGUGCAGUGAGGACGAUGAGGAUGGUUUUGAUUGGUCGCUCCCCAUCCUAGCAAAGGCCCACACCGUACUUGGAGUCAAGAGAAAGAGAGAUGAGAGAGCUCUGGUCCUCAAGAAGAGAGGUCAGGAGAGGAGAGGGAUAAGUAGCAGUGUGACAACUGAGACCAUCUCGGAGACGACGGAGGUUCUGAAGGAACCGUUUGCCAACUCGCCGGACGAGAGGCCCCUGUUGGAGAGGACCUGCAGGGUGGGAGAGACGGAGGAGGAGCUGCUUAGGAAACCAGUAAAGAGACGCAGAGGUCGUCCACGGCUAGAGAAAAACAUGUACAGAGACAAUCACUGGAAUGAAGGGGCCGGUGUGCUAGUGAAGAAACCGGGCAGACCUCGAGCAGUAAAGCGCAAGAAGGGCUGGCCCAAAGGAGUGAAACGGGGGCCUCCAAAAUGGCGUCUGAAGAAGGAGAGGAAGAUGGGAUUCAAGCUGAACCUGUACACACCCCCAGAGACGCCACUGGAGGCCGAGGAGCCCCACAUCCAGGCCGAAGAGCCAAAGGAGGAGCUGGAUCAGGCCUCUCCCAUCACGGAGGCAGGGUUAGAGCCCGGCAGGGGCCUGGCCAGCCGGGAGAUGAACAAGAAGCUAGCCCUGGAGCCUUCAGAGCCCCAAAGUCCCAUGGAGGAAGAGCACUCCCCUGGGUUGUCUCCUGUGACUUCUCCCAUGGCCUGCUCUCUGGUAGCCUCCCCUAUAGCCUCUAGAGCUAGCUCCCCCGCCUGCUCCCCCGUCUGCUCCCCCAGUCGUGACAACAGUCAGGAGGUGUCAGAGCCACCAGAGGAUGACCCACAGGACAAGGAGCACGGGGCCUCUCCAUCCCCCUCUCUGUCUCCACCCAAAGAGCUGAAACACAGCACUGAACAAUCAGUUGAGGAGGAAGAGGCCACGCACCUGGAUGCGGACGAUGAAGACGAAAGUCACAUUGAGUCGACAACAGAGCUAGAGAAACACGGAGACGUGCAGCAGCUGGAGCCAGGACCUUGUAAAGAGCCUCCUAAAGCCCAGUCCUACAUCACAGCGGCUUUUCUCCAUCUGAACCGUGAGGAUUCUGAACAAUGUCAGGAGGAGGAGUCCAUAGUCGUGGCUUAUAGGUGCGAGCAGCCUGCCAACACCGGAGAAGAGAGAAGCAAACAUAUCCAGGAACAGGCACCUACAACAUCAGCAGCAGUAGCUGUAGUCUCUGACCACCCUGUUGACUCAGAGAGCAGCAGUCAGGAGGCUCCUCACCAGCCACAGCAGACACAGAAUGCUAGAGAGACGCUUGGAGCGCUUAGUCCUGCUGUCGUACUAAGAGACAGAGAGGAGAACAGAGAGGAGAUGGAUCCCCCGGUGUACCCUGAGCCUGAUGUGGACCAGGAGACGGCCCAGGCCGUACAGAGCCUCACCCAGGAGACGGAGCGCGACCCAGAGACAGAUAGCGUCAGCUCUGUGUUCCACCAGGACUGCGUGGAGAGAGAGACCCAGGAGGCAUGCCGGAGCCUGCAGACUUACACCCACCACGUGACCCCCCAGAGUCCCCCUCACACCCUAACUUCACUGGACGAAGGCUGCCCCCAGUCUGACCACAGCAGCCCCCUGUCCUCGGUCCACUCACACCCCAGCCAGUCAGUGCGCUCCGUCAGCAGUCCGACUGUGUCCAUCCUGGAGAGUAGUGGAGGCAGCGUUCCGGCUGUGUCCAUCCUGGAGAGUAGUGGAGGCAGCAUUCCGGCUGUGUCCAUCCUGGAGAGUAGUGGAGGCAGCGUUCCGGCUGUAUCCAUCCUGGAGAGUAGUGGAGGCAGCGUUCCGGCUGUGUCCAUCCUGGAGAGUAGUGGAGGCAGCGUUCCGGCUGUGUCCAUCCUGGAGAGUAGUGGAGGCUACACCCAGAUUAGCCCAGACCACGCCUCCAUCUCUGUCCCCUCCUCCCUCCACAACAUGGCAGCCAGCCCCAUGAUGGAUGUGCCGUCAGUGUCAGACCACUCGUCCCAGCAGGUGGUGGACAGCGGCUUCAGUGACCUGGGCUCCAUCGAGAGCACCACAGAGAACUACGAGAACCCCAGCUCCUAUGACUCCACUCUGGGGGGCAGCAUCUGCGGUGGGGCGGGGGGUCCCUCUCAGAACAGCUGCUCCUACGGGCCCCUCCCCCCUAGCGGCCUGGCGCAGAGCAGCUGUGCCGUCAACCCUGGCAGCUGUGGUAUGAUUCAGCAGAAUAACCUGAGCUCCCCGCAGCACUGCAACGUCAAGUCACCACAGGGCUGUGUGGGAGUGGUGGAGAGACCACCGAGUCACAGCCAACACAGUCACAGCCAACACAGUCACAGUCAUACAAUCCCACACAACCCCUAUGGCCAUACUAGGCACACAAUCACUCCACACAGUCUGCCUCACGGUGCGCCACACAAUCAACACAGCCAGCUAACGCAACACAACCCAUACACACACCCUGCACACAGCCAGCUACAUAGUGUACGACACAAUCAGCUCAGCCAGCACGGUCAGCACACCCUUCACACUCAACACGGCACCAGCCAGCACAGCCACUGUCAACAGCAGACCAUGGCACAGUGUGUCAUUCCCACCAACUUCACAGUGCCCAUGCAGCUAGCUGACAGCCCAGAUUCAGGCAGCUCCAACCUGAGCAGCUUCUACGACAGGAUGAACCAGGAGGGCUAUAGCAGCGGUCAUUACUCCCAGCCCUCGGCCACCUUCAGCCUAGCCAAACUACAACAGUUGACCAACACCCUGAUCGACCACCCUCAUUCGCUGCCUUUCAACCACUCAGCCUCCCACCCCCACACCAUCACAUCUUAUACAAACAGUGCCUCCCUGUCAUCGCACUCUCAGCACUCUGGCCUGGUGUCUCUAUCCCAGUCCCCACAUCCCCAUGUCCCCCACGGGGUCACUCCUCACCCUGGGGCCUCCCAGGUCCAAGUACAGGCCACCAUGACACCCCCUCCGCCCUCCUCCCACCCCCUUAGCUCCCCUCAGAUGAUGCUGCAACGCAACGCCAUGGGUAUCCCCAACAUCACCCCCUCCCAGAGGACUCUACAGGCUCAGAUGGCCUCCGGGGGACACAAGGGCCCCACACACAUCUCCAUGCGCUCCAAGUCAGCGGCCCCUGGUCACUCCGCCCACCAGCAGCAGAUGUACAGCCAUGCCCACGGGGCCCCCCAGACAGUCUCCAUGCAGGCCCCCUCAUCCCGGACACUUGCUGCCAUGCCCAGGGGCAUAAACUUGGGCACGGUCAACAUCAUGCCAGCCUCCUACAACCACGCUGUGAACAUGCCUACUGCCGCCGCCAUCAACCACGCCAUGAAUGGUUACCGCGUCAACGGUGGUUACCCCGGCAGCCAGAUGUCGAGUCAACAGAUGGCUGCGGCCUACAUGAACCAGUCGCCCGGGUCCCAGUACGCCUCUAUGCAGAUGGGCAUGAUGGGAACGCAACCAUACCCCCAACAACCCAUGCAGGCUCCGCCCCACGGCAACAUGAGGUUCUCUUCAGCUGGUCACCAUGGAUACAUGACCAACGCUGGACCUAUGUCCAAGCAGACACUCAAAGGGCCUUUCGUCAGACGGUAACCCACGGUUACUAACAUAACAGUUAUCUAACAGUUAACGAAACGAUAACUACCGACAGACUGAAUCAAUCUGACUGGAUGUUUAAAUCACACAAAUGUGCAUUAUUAAUUAUUAUUACUAUUAGUCCCUGAUGCACACAUUUGGCCUUUUUGGUUGUUGAUAAUGUUUGUUGUAAUUUUGUUAAUAGUUACUUAAAAACCAGCACUUGGAAAGAAUGCAUCAAGUUUGAUCAACAAGCAAACUUUCUAUAAAAAGCUACUAUCUAUCUAUGUCAAAGUAUUUUUGUUCCUAACAGAUGGGAAGCCUUACGUCAUAAAAGAUGAACAUUUAUUUAAUUAGUAUUAGUUUCCCUGAUCAGUCCGUAGGGCAGGCAGGGUAGGGGGCCGGGGGGGAGACGGGCGAGAGAUUUCAUCACCUGGAGGAAGAGCGUGAGUGUAGUUAUGUAGCAGCCUCAAAACGAAGCCAUCUAAUGUGCCUGCUACAAACAGACUUAAACAAGUGGAUAUUCCUAGAACCUGUUCAGUGUACCUGUCUAACAGUGCUGACAAUUAGUUUGUACUAUACUCAUGCCUUUGUAUGUUUAAAUUAUUGUAGUUAUUUUGUAAAGUGACAAUUAGCAUGCAUCGGUCUUCGGUCUCCAUUAGUAACAGUGUUGUGCUUUAAUAGCAAGACAUUUUAAAGACAUUUUGGCCUUUUGUUAGGUUCACCUCGCUUACAAAGCGGGGGGAGAAAGAUGAAACUAUAUUUUGUUAAUUCUAAUAAUACUGUAAAAAAAAAAAAAAAAAAAUGUGUCAACUUCUUUAAUCCUGUUGUUCUGUACGGUUGAGAGGUUUUAUUACCAUUUAUGGUUAAUUCUGAAGCCUUUUCUAACAGAUAUCUUUGAGGCAGCGUUCUGUUUUAUAAUGCAGGAGACUUCUGGUAAGAUAAAUAAGCAUAUUGCACCCCUCACUCUGAUUUUGUUUUUAAAUUUCAGAGGUGUACCAAUGUCGAAAAGUGUUGACAAAAAAAUAAAUAAUAAUAAAGAAAUAUAAAUUUAGUCCAAAGUUGAUAUUUUACAAUUUCUUUAAAAAAGUUACAUUUUCAUUCCAUCUGUAGAUUUGUUUUCUAUCUUGAUAAAAUGUUGGAUUUAUAUUUUACAAAGUGUAGGAGAAGAGAGGAUGUAAAUAUACCAAACUAAGCUAACAGAUUGCAUGUAAAAAGCCACUUGUACUUGUGUUUUUGUUAAUAUUGCUCUUUUGUAGCCUUUGUACCUGUACAGAACGGCUGGUAGGGACAGUCACAGGGGGAGACCUGGCUAUGUGCACAAACAAUUGGACAGAAUGACAGUCUUGUAUUUAUGACUUUUCUCCAUUGGCAGUCACUUAUAAAUGCUGUACAUUUUAGCAUAAAAUAAAUGAUGAUUGACCAUG